UCUGCAUAUUUCCUGUAUCCAUGUAGUUGAGGCAUUAUGUAUAUGUGCUUAUUCCGCUCUCCGCGCGUAUCUGGCUGACUUUUACGGUCGUCAAUGAUGAACCGACAAGUCAAGCAAAUGGUCAGCGGCACGGGAUUUUGUCUGUGUCCGCCAAACAACAACAACAACAACAACAACAACAACAACAACAACAACAACACGAGAUCCAGAAAGAGUCCAAUGCAAAGGAAAAAGCAUCGCCACCACCUACCUAUUCUCUCCUCAUUGCCACGCCAUGCGGCGCCCUACAGUCUUGACCUUGGCAACAAGAUCUCCUCUGUUUCUGUUUGUCAUCUUGCUGGAGCCAAAAACAUCCUUCAGAGUUCAACUACCAGUAGCUGCUCCAUUUCCCCUCUUACAUGCUGCUCAAAAAUCAAGAGAAACGGAAACUCUAUUUGGAUCAACACGUAAUCACGCUCGGUUGGUGUGCCGAAUAGCUGUCCGUUAUCUCACAUUCCUCCCUCCUCUGCUUCCGCUGGCGAACUGUUGUCUGCCCACCCAAUCGUCGUUAGCUCCUCGGUUCCCGCAGCGCCCAAGCAGCAAAUCAACGUCGGCAGCAGCCAUGGUGACGCCGAACAGCUGCUCCUCUGAUAUGCCCGACAGCAAGGUCGACCCCAGAGCCGGCUGCAGCAAAUGCUCGUAUUCUGCUCACGGACCCCCCUCCAACUCACGCAAGGGCUGCUCUGCUUUGUACCAGGUACGAGAAUUUGCGCGCGGCCUGGUGCCUGAAAGGAGACAAGAAAGUGGCCGGCCUGCUAGCACUACUCCGUGUCCAUUAACUAUUUGCUAAGCCGCUGACUGGGAGUUCGGGUGGCGGCUUUGCUUGGUUGAGAUGCGCUCUGUUGGUGGAGAAUCGAGAACAUCAAAGUUUAGAGUGCCUGAACUCCAGACCACCCAAGCCAGAUGUGCCACAGCCCCUGUCCCUGUCAUUUGCUGAGCGAAUUGGGCGGAUACGGCGCCGCCGCCAAAGUCCAGCCGCACGCACGCUAAAAUAGAACACAUAACGGCCUACGGCCAAGUGCGCCAGUACAAGCGGUGGUAGAGGCAGGUAGAGAGAGAUUGAC